AAUGGGGGUGGAUUUAAUCGCGCGUCGGAGACGUUGGAACGCGCCUGGCGGCGCCAGCUAAGCCGGUUGCCUCCUAACAUCGCUGAAUUUGGCGCACACGCGCAUGCCUUUAAUGCAUAAACAUGCCUUUAGUACCUGCCGCGGAUGGCCAUCGCGUGAACUAGCGGCGAUGCAAUUUCGACCCGCUCCGCUCUCCCCAACCACAGUGCCGCACAUGACACGAGUCUCGCUGACUACAGCAACGCUCGAUUUGGGGCCUGCUACUCUACACUAGAGCGCAUUAUCUACCGGGGGGCCAUUAGCCAACGUACAGAGGUGAAACAAGGUGACGAUGCCGCCAAAAAUGGCACAAAAUGUCCGCUGUUGAGAGAUAGGCAAAAAAUCGGGUAGCUUUCGAGAAGAAGAAGAUAAAGAAGAAUCCACGAAGAAUCAUGUCAACGACUGUUGCAGGAGUGUCCACAGUGCCACCAGAGCCAUUCAAAUGGAAUCGCACAGGCGCGGAGCAGCUUAAGCUGGUGGAAGACGAAGCGCUGCUCUCUGGCUGGCACGAUGUCAUCCGCUGGUUUCUCACCUUCCUCUUGUCCACUCCCAAGGACGCCAUGUUCCUCAGGCGAUUGAACAACAAGACGGAUAUGAUUGAAACAAUGGAUCUGUACCUGCAGUACGAGCCUCAGGUGUUCCUUGUGACCUUCUCGGGGCUCGUGUAUACGGUGACCGGAUUCUUCGGCAGUGUUGUCUACGUGGUGUUGCGUCGACGCAAGCGCUGCGGUGGAGACCUCACGCAGGACAUAAACGAGAACAUGCGAUGCGUCCUGCAAGUCUACACUGCUGCAUAUAUUGUCGUCCUGGCCGGAAUCUUGCUCGGCUCACUGCUCAUGCUGGCCAGCCUUUUCGAGCUCGGCCAGUCGGUGGCUGCUGAAGGAAACAACUUUCCCGAGAACUUGCGUGAAGUGGAGUACUACAUACGCAACGCGUCACAAAGCCAGAUUGUGGACAACCAACGUCGAGUUGAUGUACUUGCUACGCUCAUCAAUAAGCUCCAAAAAAACUUUGAGGACAUGUACACAACGUUCGCUGUUCCCCACGUGAAGGCCAUCACCUCAGCGAAAGUGUCUGGCGAGGUCAUGAUGUUGGGUAUGGCCGCGGAAAUGCCCCCGGAGAUCGAGGAGCAGCAGGAGGCACCUUCGCAAGCUGGAGUUCCGCCGGAGGAGUACAUGGCCAGGUUCAUGGCUGGGCGGGUGGCCCAAGUGUACAAUCACACCAUCACUGAUACAGUGGCUUUGGCGUUAGAGACGUCAGCCCUGGCGUCCGACUUCAGCCGCAUGUUGAGUGCGGACGCUGCGCGCACGGUCCCGGGCUUCGAUCAAAUCCUGCCAGCCCUAGAACAAGCGGAUGCAUUAGGAGUGCUGAAGACUCUGCGCAGCGAGAGCAAAUCGUACGUGAUUGGAAUCGUGGGCAGCUUCUCGGUGCUGUUCGUCCUAUACUCCGGCAGCUUCAUCAUGGGAAUGUUCUACUACAACGAGGGAGUGGCUCCCACCAAGAGAAGUGCUUCGUCGAACUACGCGGGGCUGGCCAUGCUUCUCGCCGUGGUGCUGUCGUUUCCCAUCUGCUCGAUCCUGAUGCUGGUGACAGUGUCAGUGAUGCUCGUGGCACUGACGCUCACAAACUACGUAUGCCGGCCGUACGACAACAUCAUCUAUGACACCGCCGACAUCACCCAGACAGCGCUCCUGGACGAUACAAUGCGCGUUAUCUGGCCUCGGGAGACGCGUGGAAAGUGGUUCGGAAAGUUCCUGGCGGGCAGCACGCUCACAAUUUGCAACGGCGGUCGUAUGUUGGAGGUCAUCAAGGGAGACUACCAGGAUUCGGUCAAAACGCUCGUGGACCUCACGGAAAUCAUUCAGCAGCUGCUCCUGUCUCUCACCGUCGACCCGCGUCUCAUCUUUUCGGUCGACCAUCCGGAAUUGCCUUUCUUCGCCAAGAUGAAGAGCCAACUAUGGGACCAUGUCGACAAGAUCACCGAACUGUUCAUCUUGGAGAUUAUAAUAAACGAUAUCAACGACUUAGUGCACACCAAAAACGUGGGAAAUCCGCCUUGCUUCGCGGCUUACAAGGGCUACGAGAAGGCGCUCGGAGUUCUCUGCCGGGGAAUCAUACGCAACGUGAACGCCUUCUGGACAGCCCUGGGUUUCUGCCUCUGGAUGUUCCUUGUCCUGGGCACGGUGUCCCACUUUCUCUCGAAGUACUUCCUGCGCAUGGUCAACUGGACAUAUGAUGGCUCGGAGGUAGAGUCGUACACCAGCAGCAGCAGCAGUGGCAGCAGCUCGAGCAAGAGCGGCGGCUCCUCGCCCAAAACGGGCGCCGAGAAGCCGGAAGGGGCGCCACCCGACCACCCUGAUGCAGCCGAAGCUAAAGGCGAGGACGCCGAAUCUCAGAAGGAAGGCCCCAACGACGAUCUCAAAGACACACAGACAUCAGCUAUGUUGGGUCCGAAGAGCGCGAUGAAGGAUGCGAAGCCCCUGCCAAGAUGGUUGACGAAGAAGCGGAAGAGCAUCGCAAACAUUGGAGCAGGAACACUGCAGAGGAUGCGCAUUGAAGGAGAGUGA